CAAGAGGCCGGACUCUUUUGGGCGGAGCACGCAGGAGGCGGAAGCCGAUGGCGGAAGCCUGUCCCGCGGGCUCCUGCUGGUGUAUCGGGGAGGAUGCGCGUCCCUUGGGUCCUCGCGGCGGGAGGAAGAUGGAGGUGUUUUCCAGUUCCAUGGAGGUCAUCUGUGUUCCAGGCCCUGCAGAAUUCCUGCUUUCGGGAAAAAUCCAGCACAGCAAAAGGCGAUCUUCCUAACGUGGGUUUCUGUGAUGAAGCUGCGAAGGAGCCGGACAGCACACUUGACAAGCUCUUCUCUCCUGAACAGCAAGCCUCCAUCUUGCAGGUGCUGAAUACAGCCACUAGUAAGGACCUGGAAGCUUUCAAGUUACUGCGGGGAAGAAAGUCCGUCCAUAUCGUCGAGCACCGAGAAAAGUUUGGGCCGUUUCCAAACCUGGAGAGUUUGAUGGCUGUGCCCUCGUUCCAGUAUAAAACUGCGGUGCGAGUGUGUAACUCCAUUCUUUGUCCUGAGACGGGAAAGAAGACGAGGAAACCACAGGAAAACCAGCUCUUGGGAAAGCUCAUCAAACCAGACGUGGGGAUAGAGAGGAUCAAGGCCGCGAGCAGCAUUGUGUCCAUUGUUUUUGGUACUCGAAGAAUUGCUUGGGCUCACGUUGACCGUAAACUGGCCGUGUUGGACUGGCAGCACAGUGACUACUGGAAAGCGAUGAGCAAGACGUACCCCUCUUCAGUCUAUUUAGAAGAGAUUUCUUCCAUUAUUUCAAAGAUGCCUAAAGCCGACUUCUAUGUUCUGGAAAAGACAGGCCUCUCCAUUCAGAACUCGUCUCUCUUUCCUAUCCUGUUGCAUUUUCACAUCACGGAAGCCAUGCUGUACGCCUUGUUGAAUGGGACGUUCGGCCAGGAUGGCCAGCAUCAGGUGCUGAGCAUGAACCGCAACGCAGUGGGAAAGCACUUUGAGUUGAUGAUCGGUGACACCCGGACUAGUGGGAAGGACCUGGUGAAGCAGCUCCUGUCCGAGUCUGUGCUGAGGGAACGGCCGCGGGUGUUCUUCCCCACAGAUAAGGUGGUGCGCUACCGACAGCUGCUAGCCACCGACACCCACAGGAUCGAAGAACUGUAUGACUGUUUACUGCAAGCCGUGGCCUUCUACGAGCUGGCAGUCAUUGGCACUGAGCGUGUGAGAUGAAUGCAUCUGUAUAUGAAUGUAUAUUUUUUUAAGCCUAAUGAUAUGAAACUAGUGAUUUUGAGUGUCCACAUAGAUGAAUUCAUGUUGCAUGUAUUAUAGAUGAUUAAAGCCAAACUGAGCUGUAGAAUGGCUUCUUUGAUGAUUCAUGAUUAAAGCAGUGCAUGUUUUCUACGUCUGAGCAUUCUGGCUGUGAUAAGCAAGAGGACCUGCAGAGCUGGGCAGUGACUGCAGGAUUUGGUUACAGUAUUGUUGAAAAUGAUGGCUUUUCUGCAGGGAGCUCAUAAGUGAGAAAAAAGCUGCAGAUAUAACAUGACUCCCAGAAUCCUCUUUUCUCUCAGUGGAACAUGGUUUGCUGUCCUGCCUCCAGAAGGCAGUUUUCAUUGACUCAAGUCUGCUACCAGCAGAACAAAUAAGCUCUAAUGGUUUGUGUUUCGUUCACACAUUUAUAGGAGAUAAUAUGCCAAGUAAUGAAAAUGACUAGAAUGUGGUUACCUUUAUUACACAUCUUUGUUUCCUCUCUGUAAAUCUGCCUUUCCUGUAUUUUUUUUUUAAAUACAGAUUUUCCAAAAG